AUGGCGACGACGACGACGACGAGUGAGCUGCAAGAUGUCACCAACUCUUUGGGGUCGGUCAACGUCUCCGUGGAGAAGAGCGCCUCGGCCACCUUGACCUCGCCGCGUGAGCGACGCCCCAGCGUAGCGUCCACGACUCCGUGCUCGGUCACAUCGCUCGCCUCGCUCGCCUCCAGCAACUUCAGCUUUGCGUCCGAGAGCGAGGAGUCUCCCGACGUGAUCAAGCUCGCCGCGCGCGCCGCUGUCGAGCGAGGAGAGGCCAAGACGCUGGCGCUCGCCGAGGAGAUGUUGAUGCUAGAGCUCGCCUGCGCAAAGAGCGCCGCGGACAUGGCGAGGAGGACUACCGCCACGAGCCGCGCGAGCGAGGAGGAGCAGGCCGAAGGCGAGGAGACGCCACGGCGCGCGGAGGAGACGCUGACCACUGAAGACCCGAACGGCUCGCGGGAUGCCUCAGACGUCGAGGGGACGCCAACCUCGGCCAAAGCUGCCUAG